AUGGAUUCCAGGCUCCUGAUUGGACCGGGGGUCCCCACACCGGACCCGACCGCCCGGGAGCCCUGGAACAUGAGCUCCAUCAGCUCCAUCAGCCCGCACCGGCUCCUGGAGCUGUCUGCUGUCACCACCGCUGGUCCCAUGGUUACAAGCCACCCAUUUCCAACGGUAGACGUCCCCGCCCACGCUCACUACACCAUCGGUGUGGUCAUCCUGAUCGUUGGCAUCACGGGCAUGCUGGGAAACUUCCUGGUUAUAUAUGCUUUCUGCAGGAGCCGAAGUUUGCGGACACCGUCCAACAUUUUCAUCAUUAACCUGGCAAUCACAGACUUGCUGAUGUGUGUUACUCAGACACCCACCUUCUUCAUUAACAGCAUGCACAAGCGAUGGAUCUUUGGAAAGAAAGGUUGUGAAAUAUACGCCUUUUGCGGAGCGCUGUUUGGUAUCUGCAGUAUGAUAACACUGAUGGUGAUUGCGGUGGACCGGUACGUAGUGAUCACCCGGCCUCUGGCCUCCCUGGGGGGGAUGUCUCGCAGGAAAGCCCUGUGCAUCCUGGCUGCUGCCUGGGUCUACUCCGCAGGGUGGAGCCUGCCCCCCUUCUUUGGCUGGAGUGCUUAUGUCCCAGAAGGUCUGAUGACGUCUUGUUCCUGGGAUUACAUGACAUUUACUCCUUCUGUCCGUUCCUACACCAUGCUGCUCUUUAUCUUCGUCUUCUUCAUCCCUCUCUUCAUCAUCAUCUUCAGCUACUUCUGCAUCUUCAGAGCCAUCCGACACACAACCAGAGCGAUAACACAGAUGAACUGUCAGGGAACCAGAGACUCUGCAAAGAAGUUAAAUAAGAUGAAGACUGAAUGGAAGAUGGCAAAGAUCGCACUCAUCGUCAUCCUGCUAUAUGUCAUCUCUUGGGCCCCUUACUCGUGUGCUGCCCUCACUGCAUUUGCUGGGCACGCUGACAUGUUGACUCCGUACAUGCACUCUGUUCCUGCUGUGAUCGCCAAGGCAUCUGCAAUCCACAACCCUAUCAUAUAUGCCAUAACACAUCCCAAAUACAGGUCAGCGCUCGGCAGGUAUAUUCCUUACCUCGGGGUAUUGCUGUGUGUUACUGGCAGAGACCGUUUCACCAGCAGUAGCUUCCAGUCCACCCGCCAAUCAACCGUCACCAGCCAAUCAGAGAGCAAAGGCCCCAGCAAGCUUCGCAACUCCUCCCUGUCUGAGAGCGAAUCAGCCCGCUUCUCAGACACUGAGGAGGACUUGUCAUCUCGGACGCCUGACAUUCUCCAGUUGUCCGGUGAUACCAAACAGGUGCGCCAUGCCAGCAAGAGGUCAAAGGUGAGAGGUCGAAACACAGGAGAGUUUGAAAGCACUGCCGCCCACAACCCCACUGACCCAGCCAUAUGCAACCUCUCACAGAUCACAGUAAAGCCUGAAGACAUCUCCAUGACAGACAUCGGCCUGCAGCCCACCAGUCAUCAGCCUGCUACUCUGGACAAUGGGAUGGAGGAGUCUGGGCCAAGGAUUGCGUAUACGACAACGCCAUCCGUCAUUGUAACAUCCAUAUCCAGCCCAGCUAUACUGCAUAGUCCCCCAGGUUUCCAUGGCAACUUUAAAUUGACCAAAAGGCACAGCCCGGUUGUCAAGGAGCCCCUUGACAUAGCCAGGAUGGAGACAACUGCAUUACCAUAG